AAGUUAAAUCCAAGCUCUUAUCCCUCUCUUCAUCUAUCUCUCACAGAGACUCCUCCGAUCCAGAGAAGAUGGGCACCCUCGAGAAGGAGAGAACGACAACAGGGUGGGCAGCAAGAGAUCCAUCAGGGAUUCUGUCGCCUUACACAUACACUCUAAGGAACACAGGUCCAGAAGACGUGUUCAUCAAGGUGAUAUGCUGUGGUAUCUGCCACAGUGAUCUCCACCAAAUCAAGAAUGACCUGGGCAUGUCCAACUACCCCAUGGUUCCUGGCCACGAGGUUGUUGGUGAAGUGAUGGAGGUUGGUUCCGAUGUGACCAAGUUCAAAGUAGGAGAUUGCGUUGGGGUAGGUUGCAUCGUCGGAUGUUGCAGGCAAUGCUCUCCCUGCAAAUCAAACAUCGAGCAAUACUGCAACAAGAAGAUCUGGUCCUACAACGAUGUAUACACGGACGGCAAACCCACUCAAGGAGGCUUUGCCGGUGCCAUGGUCACCGAUCAGAAGUUUGUGGUGAAGAUACCAGAAGGGAUGGCGGCAGAACAAGCGGCACCGCUUCUGUGUGCAGGGUUGACAGCUUAUAGUCCAUUGAGGCAUUUUGGGUACAAUCGGAGUGGAGUGAGAGGAGGAAUUCUGGGUCUCGGAGGGGUUGGGCAUAUGGGGGUGAUGAUAGCUAAGGCGAUGGGUCACCAUGUCACUGUGAUUAGCUCUUCUGAUAAGAAAAGAGAGGAGGCCAUGGAGCAUUUGGGAGCUGACGCUUACCUCGUUAGCUCUGAUACUGAGGGCAUGCAAGCGGCAACUGACAGCCUCGACUACAUCAUCGACACCGUUCCCGUCUUCCAUCCCCUGGAGCCUUACCUCUCUCUCUUGAAGGUCGACGGCAAGUUGAUCUUGACUGGUGUCAUUUCAACCCCUCUGCAAUUCGUUUCUCCCGUUUUAAUGCUGGGGAGGAAGUCGAUUACUGGGAGCUUUAUAGGAAGCAUGGAUGAGACAGCAGAGAUGCUAGCGUUUUGCGAGGAGAAGGGCUUGACAUCUAUGAUCGAAGUAGUGAAGAUGGAUUAUGUGAACAAAGCGUUGGAGAGGUUGGAGAAGAACGAUGUUAGAUACAGGUUCGUUGUGGAUGUGAUCGGCAGCAAGCUUAAUGAAUGAUUAAACUUAAUAAUCAUUCAUAAUUACAUAGAAAUCCUCUUAUAAUUCAAG